UCAGAGGUGUGAAUGACAGAGGUGGUGCCUUCCAGCGCCCUCAGUGAGGUCAGCCUGCGCCUCCUCUGCCAUGAUGACAUAGACACCGUGAAGCACCUGUGUGUCAACUGGUUCCCCAUUGAGUACCCAGACUCAUGGUAUCCUGACAUCACAUCCACCAAGAAGUUCUUCUCUCUUGCUGCAACCUACAGAGGUGCCUUCGUGGAAAUGAUAGUAGCUGAGAUAAAGAAUAGGAGCAAGAUACAUAAAGAGGAUGGAGAUAUUCUAGCCUCCAGCUUCUCUGUGGACACACAAGUUGCGUACAUUCUAAGUCUGGGAGUGGUGAAAGAAUUCAGAAAACACGGCAUAGGACCACUGCAAAGCCACCAGGCCUGGUGCUAUGCUGGCUCAGGAGAAGAGUGUAUGCCUGGUCUUCAACAGGCUCUCCUUCCUGCUUCUGGAAACUUCUCCCUCCACCUGGAGCCCUUGUCAUGCCUCCAUGCACUGGCACCAUCCCAAUGGCCUGGCAGGUGUUGGCUACAUUCACUGGAAAAGGGCUUCUCCUCUGCCUCCUGCUCAUUCAUCUUUCCUACAGAAUGGACUGAACUUUGCUGUGAAAAGAAUAUGGACAUCUUUGACACCAAAGACAUAGGAACCUUAGAAUAA